GACAAAGCAGCUUCACUCAACCACCUUGCCGCUGUCUUUGCUGCACAGCCUUCUGCCAUGUCGGUGGAUCUGCAGGGAGGCAGUUCCUUACUGGUGGAGAUUUCUGAUGCAGUGAGUGAGAGGGACAAGGUGAAGUUCACUGUUCAAACCAAGAGUGGCCUCCCUCGCUUUGCCCAGCCUGAGUUCUCGGUGGUUCGGCAGCACGAAGAAUUCGUCUGGCUACAUGACACCUAUGUGGAAAAUGAAGAGUACGCCGGCCUGAUCAUUCCCCCAGCCCCGCCCAGGCCAGACUUUGAGGCUUCAAGGGAAAAGCUGCAGAAGUUGGGUGAGGGCGACAGCUCCAUCACCCGGGAAGAGUUUGCCAAGAUGAGGCAGGAGCUAGAAGCGGAGUACUUGGCCAUCUUUAAGAAGACGGUUGCUAUGCAUGAGGUCUUCUUGCAGCGUCUGGCGGCCCAUCCCACCCUGCGUCAGGAUCACAACUUCUCUGUCUUCUUGGAAUACAGCCAGGAUCUGAGUGUUCGAGAGAAGAACAAGAAGGAGGUCUUGGGAGGGUUCCUGAGGAGCAUCGUCAGGUCUGCAGAUGAGGUCCUCAUCACCGGCAUAUCAGGGCUCAAGGAGGUAGAUGACUUCUUUGAACAUGAGAGGACCUUCCUCGUAGAAUACCACACCAGAAUCCGAGACACCUGCCAGAGGGCCGACCGCGUUAUGCGCUCCCACAAGUGCCUGGCAGACGACUACAUCCCUAUCUCUGCUGCACUGAGUAGUCUUGGAACCCAGGAGGUCAACCAGCUGAAGAAGAGCUUCCUGAAACUGGCAGAGCUCUUCGAACGACUGAGGAAACUGGAAGGCCGGGUAGCCUCCGAUGAAGACCUCAAGCUGUCCGACAUGCUGAGAUACUACAUGCGAGACUCACAGGCAGCCAAGGACCUGCUGUACCGGAGGCUUCGGGCACUGGCUGACUACGAGAAUGCUAACAAGGCGCUGGACAAAGCUCGUACUAGGAACCGGGAAGUGCGGCCGGCAGAGAGCCACCAACAGCUGUGCUGCCAGCGCUUCGAACGCCUCUCCGACUCUGCCAAGCAGGAGCUCAUGGACUUCAAGUUUCGCCGUGUCUCCUCUUUCCGUAAGAACCUCAUUGAGUUGGCAGAGCUGGAGCUCAAACAUGCCAAGGCCAGCACAUUGCUUCUCCGGAACACCCUUGUUGCUCUUAAAGGAGAGUCUUAGUGAAACCAGAUGCUACCCUGGGACCUUCAAUGACAUCGACCUCACCUGUCCUACCCUCUUCCCCAUAAAGAUGUCCCCCUUUCCUACCAGCGCCCACUAGCCACGCCCUCACUCUUGAACCCAUU